AUGUCUGUUGUGUUGGAUAUUCUAUCGGACAUCCGCAGUCUGAUGCCAACGCUUCGAUCGAUUGAUAAGCGCGUCAUUAAAGGAAUGCCCUUCUUCACAAGUACCUGUGCUCUGGCCCAAUCGCUCGCACAACUCGAUCAAAUCGUUUCAAUACUCUCAUCGAGUCGUAUCACUUCAUCAGAUGCCGAAUUUCGUGUAACUGAGGUUGCGAACGAAUUGAUUCAUCUUUCAAAAGUUUUCGAGUCGUGGUUGUCCCAUUUUGAGGAUGAGGAUGAUGAUGAGAUCAGAAGAUUGAUUCUCGAUAGUGCGCACAGGAUGUUUCCACGAAUUGUUACAGCCGUUGGGGAGGCAUCGUUCUGGCUGGAUGAAAGUUUCAGCCAACGGAAUUUGCCACAAGAGGAUAAAGAAUCGAUAGCGAUGGGUAUAGGUCGUGCGAUUGAAGAAAUAUCUGAAGAGAACUGUGCAUCUUAUAGUCGUUUUCCGAAAAUAUCAAGUAGUGUUGCUCAAACGAUUGUAAGUGCACAUUGUUCUGUUUGA